GGAGGCGGUAUGGGGCGUUUGGGAAGUUGAGCGAGGUGUUUAGGUUUCUGGAGGGGGGUGAUGGGCGGGCGCAAUCGCAAUCGCAAUCGUAACCGCAGACGUAACCGUGGGCACGUGCAUGGGCGUGGGCGGUGUUUUUGGUAAUUAUCUGGUUGUGGUUGCUGGAUAGCGUGGUCGAGAGUCUGGGAGGGCUUGCGCUUCUUGAGGACUUGUGGCGGUUCCGGUGAGGAUAUAGGUGGAGCACUGCUAAGGGGCUUGUGAUGGUGGUUAGUUAAAUUUCCCACACAAUUUCUUUCUUACUAUUUUUCGUUUUUUUCUUUCUUUUCCAAAUUCAUCUCCAUCAGAAUACUUGUUCCCCAAACCGAUCCAAGCCUGUUCGUCUUCAUGUCUUUGCAUGACCACUUCGGCUCCGAGCGUGAGGCGGAUCUUGUCAAGAAGCUGGGCCGAGAGGUCAGGCCAGAACAAACCGAGAUGUCUGCAGCACUUGGAGAUAAGAAGGCCAAACAGCUCGGUUUGUCCUCUCGAUCCCUAAGCCCAUCAGAGUCCGAGAUCCAACCAUCGGGACCCCAGACUAUUACACAGGCACACGAGGAGGAGACACUCGAUGAGGAGGCACUCGACAAGUGGGAUACACUACAGGAGGAGGCAGACGCCAUCUUUGAGAUGCUAUACUCUCUCAAGACAGUCGAUGAUGUCCAGCCCUAUACUCUCGACGCGGCACUCGAUCAAAUUACCAGAUUUCACACAAGCAUUGUGAAGGCAGUCCAGCCAGCCUCCUCUUACCGCGAAAAACACCGCACUGCCGUCCUGCUCAUACAAGUCUUGUCCUGGAUCGUGACAUCCAAUAAAUUAAUAGGACAAGAUCUUCGGGAAUAUGUCCUCGGUCAAAGCGCGGAGGAAGAAUACCGGCAAUGGGUCGACCCGAUGAGUGACGUACUCAGCUGCUGCACGUGGGCGGAACGCCGUCGUAUAUUCAAGAGCCGCCGUUGGCAGUGGGAGUUUGACUUGUUUGUGGGCUUGGUGAUGAACUGUGAACUAUUUGGCGAGAUUUUCGGUUUGCUUGAGGUGGCGGAGCAUAGGGAAGAGAUGUUCAGCGAUCCAGCGCCGGCCCAGCAGUCUGACACGGAGGACGGCACAAUCGAGGACGGCAUGAUCUACGACGCCAUCGCUGUGUUUGAGGAUGGGGAAGAUGAGGAGGAGAUUGUUCCGCUCGCUGGUUCACUAGCCCGGUCCCGGUCGCAGGUGCAAAUGGACGUGGCACAGCCACGUGAAGAGGUGGCGGCCCAGGCUGGCAGGGAAGCAGCCGUUCAGCCUGCCGCGGGAGAAGCAGAACCCAGGAACUGUCAAGGAGAACCGCGGCUUGCUGGGAAGGCAACUGGAAAGAGGAGCCAUGAAGGGGUGGACGCAGGGCAGGGACCGAGAAAGCGACAGGCCCGUUCUUCUGGACGGGUCUCGGUUCACUUGCACUUUCACGGGACCGUCCAGAAUGUGUACCUGGGCAGCGACUCGAGAUCAUAA